GCACGGCACAACAUGUCUUUCAAUAAAACCCCUGCCACAGGACAUCCAGUCGUCUUUGAACCGACCCUACGACUCCGUUUAACUUAACUUCCUUAAGGUGUUAGUGGUUCCUCCACACCAUAGUCAUGUCGUCCCCAGAAGACGCCUCGGCCUUCAUCCUGCCAGUGCAGUCCAAAGCACGCAAAUUCUCCCUGUUGGCGCUUUUCUGUAUCGCACAAUUCAUCGAUACGUUCAGUAUCUCGUCACUCAUCACGGCCAUUCCAAAAAUCUCUGAGGACCUGGGGUUGAGCACAGCUCAGGCUACAUGGUUGCUUUCUGGUUUCAGCUUGACAUUUGCGUCAUUUCUGCUCGUGAGCGGAAGGGUCAGUGAUGUGUACAGUCCAAAGGUCGUGUUCGUGGGCGGUAUCGGCGCCCUCGGUUUCAUCUCGCUAGGCGCUGGUUUCCUCAAGAGCAAAAUCCCACUCAUCGUCCUUCGUGCACUUGGUGGCAUAGCUGGUUCGAUGACUAUCCCAUCUGCCUUGGCACUCAUUGUCGCUAUGUUCCCUCAACCACUGGAACAAUCGCGUGCGAUCUCCCUCUUCGGAGGCUGUGGCGCUGUUGGAAAUGUCGCUGGUCUGAUCAUUGGUGGUGUCUUCACUCAAUUCGCGACCUGGCACUGGGUUUUCUGGUUUGUGACCAUCGUCGCGGUGCCCAUCUCUUUCGCUUGCAUCUUCCUCAUCCCAGCACAACCGAAAUCGGGUGAGCCACGGAUGCAGAGUCUUAAGCGACUCGAUGCGCUCGGUGUCUCCAUCCUUACAGUCGCGCUCGUCCUCCUGAUUUUUGCCAUGACUCAGGGCUCGUCAUCAGGCUGGGGAACUGGAGGCGUCAUUGCUCCGCUCAUCAUCUCCAUCUUCAUGAUCGCUGGAUUCUUCUAUUACGAGACGCUCAUCCCUACCGAUAUGGCUGCUAUUCCCCCAGCGACCUGGUUCAUCCCCAACUUCGCCGCUCUCUUCGGCGCCUCUCUUCUCCCGUACUUCUUCUGGACCACACAGUCUACGCUCUUCACCGAGCUCUGGCAAGGAGUCUACCACCGCUCUGCCAUUUCAGCUGCCGUUCACACAAUCCCAAGCAGUGUCGUUGCUUUCGCCCUCAACUUCACGGGUCCUCUCCAACACCGCAUCAGCCCUAAAUGGCUCAUCAUGUCAGGCCAGAUCCUCAUGGCGCUGGCGGGGAUCCUCGGCACGUUUGCGGACGGCGCGAACAAGUACUGGCGAUUCGAUUUCCUCGUCUUCAUCUUCGGAUCCGCUGGCGCCCAGUUGAUCUUCACCCACGACAACGUUGCUAUCUUCCGUGCGACGCCCCCACACAUGGCGGGUACGGUCGGUGCCAUCUUCAACGGUGGCCUCCAGCUAGGCUCCGCCGUGGGUCUCGCUAUCGCGACGUCCAUACAGGCCAGCGUCUCGCAGAAGCACGGAAGCCCAGACGACUACUCUGGCCGCGCAGCGGCAUAUUGGUUCAUUUUCGCCGCCGCCAUCCUCGGCGCGGUCGCGAUGUUCUUUUUCUACCACACCGACGGCGAUACUGCGCCACCAAGCGCCGGCAAUACAGUCACCGGCGAGGAGCAGGAGAAGGUCUCGGACUCGGGCAAGUCGGACGUGGAGGCGCGCGCGUCGCGGUGACCUCCGUAGCAUCCGUCUUGUGCCUCGUGUUUUGUAUUUUCUCUGCUCGCAUUGUUUCUCUUCGCCUGAUGACUUGCUUUACGCUUUGCAUAUUUUUACCCAUUCCCCGCACGGAAGAUAUCUAUUUAGACGCACACGCCAGACUGAGUGGAUCGAAGUUGGUCGAUUGACGGCGAUGUCCUCCCUAAUGCAUUUCCCCUCCUUCCGCAUGUCGAUAGUAAUGUAGCGAUACCUACAUAUGAUUCUUGGACGCUGUUCAGGCUAGUCUGUGGCUUAAUGCUCAUGCUGAUGAUCAUGACACCACCAUCGCCACGUGUUGACGUUGGUCGUGAUGAACGUACGACAUACUUGCGCUCAUUCACAGAAAAGAAAGUCGAUGUCUGUUCUGGGCGAGUAUCGUCGGGGCGUAGAUGUCACCGUCGUGGCGUAACCGUGGAUGGAAAGCACCUAGCCUUGGUCCGGUCGGAUCCUGGUCAGGGCCUCAUGUGGCACGAUAAGGAGGAGGUAGCUGGUCCAGUGGUUGAAAUGAUCAGAUCAUCACGGCCCUCGCUCC